GCGAGGCUGCCGCUCAAGAGGACCAACGACCAGCCGCAGAUCAACACCAACGUGUCUGACGCUGAGAAGGUCAAGAAGGAGCUGGGCAUGUCCCGGGGCGCCGUGAAGAAGCGUCAGGCGCCGCAACCGCCGGCGCCGGAGCCGCGCCGCGACCGCGCCUACUACAGCGCCAUGCGGCGCCAGCAGGACGAGGAGCGCGCGCGCCGCGAGCAGAGCGCCGUCAACGCGGCGCAAGGUGAGGCCUGAUGCGGCGCCGGGUACAAGCGGCGCCGGACACAAGCGGCGCCGGACACAAGCGGCGCCGGGUACAAGCGGCGCCGGAGCCGCGCCGCGACCGCGCCUACUACAGCGCCAUGCGGCGCCAGCAGGACGAGGAGCGCGCGCGCCGCGAGCAGAGCGCCGUCAACGCGGCGCAAGGUGAGGCCUGAUGCGGCGCCGGGUACAAGCGGCGCCGGACACAAGCGGCGCCGGACACAAGCGGCGCCGGGUACAAGCGGCGCCGGAGCCGCGCCGCGACCGCGCCUACUACAGCGCCAUGCGGCGCCAGCAGGACGAGGAGCGCGCGCGCCGCGAGCAGAGCGCCGUCAACGCGGCGCAAGGUGAGGCCUGAUGCGGCGCCGGGUACAAGCGGCGCCGGACACAAGCGGCGCCGGACACAAGCGGCGCCGGGUACAAGCGGCGCCGGAGCCGCGCCGCGACCGCGCCUACUACAGCGCCAUGCGGCGCCAGCAGGACGAGGAGCGCGCGCGCCGCGAGCAGAGCGCCGUCAACGCGGCGCAAGGUGAGGCCUGAUGCGGCGCCGGGUACAAGCGGCGCCGGACACAAGCGGCGCCGGACACAAGCGGCGCCGGGUACAAGCGGCGCCGGAGCCGCGCCGCGACCGCGCCUACUACAGCGCCAUGCGGCGCCAGCAGGACGAGGAGCGCGCGCGCCGCGAGCAGAGCGCCGUCAACGCGGCGCAAGGUGAGGCCUGAUGCGGCGCCGGGUACAAGCGGCGCCGGACACAAGCGGCGCCGGACACAAGCGGCGCCGGGUACAAGCGGCGCCGGAGCCGCGCCGCGACCGCGCCUACUACAGCGCCAUGCGGCGCCAGCAGGACGAGGAGCGCGCGCGCCGCGAGCAGAGCGCCGUCAACGCGGCGCAAGGUCUCCCUCCAGUCCUAAGCCCGGCCGCCAAGCUGGAGCGGCUCCGCAGGAUGGAUGCCCUGGCCGCCGGCAUGAGCUCGCAGGAGCCCCGCCAACGCCCUUAUCCCUCAUUGUGCCCGCGGGACCACAAUUUCAGCAACAUGACGCCUAUGAGCGCCGACGAGUUCCUGCAGAGGGUCUCAUCGCUCAAUCUUGAACCGAUACCCGAACCACCGGCGGCGGCUCCAGACUUGAUAGCGGAAGGCAACCACUGGCAACCGCGACCACCAGCCAGGCUCAGAGGCAGCGGGGACCGAAGCUGGGGAAGCAACGGGGACCGAAGCUCCGGAAGCAACGGGGACCGGAGCUCGGGUAGCAACGGGGACCGAAGCACCCGAAGCAACGGGGACCGUAGCAUGCGAAGCAAUGGGGACCGAAACUUGCGAAGCAAUGGGGACCGGAGCUCUCGAAACAACGGGGACUUGGGAAACAAUGAGAAUGAUGCGAGGGUAGGCGACCGUUUCAACGAAAUCAAGUUUUCCCUUAUGGCGCUGCGACGAGGGCUCAAUGAGGUCACUGCUCCUUACAAUGCCAAUGUUUGGAAUGAAGAAGAAUUGAACAACCGGCGGCACUCGUCUUCCUCGAGCGCGGACUCGAACUCGAACUCCAACGAGGAGGCGGUCCGCCUGCCCUGCGAGUUCUGCGCGCGUCCUGUACCGCUCGAAGACUUGGUCGUGCAUCAGACGGGCUGCCGCCCAGACUUAGCUCAGCUCAAACCCCGCUCACAAGGACGCGACGCCCGCUCACCGCGCUCACCGCGCUCACCCCGCUCACCCCGCGAGCCACGUGAGCCGCUGCGUGAGCGCAACCCUCGUCGCGAGCCACCCGCCUCCCUGCCGCCGCAUCCCGACGACUUACCCGUCAUCCCGUGCGAGUUCUGCACCGAGUCGCUGCCCGUGUACCUCAUCAGCGAGCACCAGCGAGCACCAGGUCAGUGGGACGGGGCCAUGCAGCGAGACAGCACCCGACGACCUGACGUCAUCCCGUGCGAGUUCUGCACCGAGUCGCUGCCCGUGUACCUCAUCAGCGAGCACCAGCGAGCACCAGGUCAGUGGCACAGGGCCAUGCAGCGAGACAGCACCCGACGACCUGACGUCAUCCCGUGCGAGUUCUGCACCGAGUCGCUGCCCGUGUACCUCAUCAGCGAGCACCAGCGAGCACCAGGUCAGUGGGACGGGGCCAUGCAGCGAGACAGCACCCGACGACCUGACGUCAUCCCGUGCGAGUGCUGCACCGAGUCGCUGCCCGUGUACCUCAUCAGCGAGCACCAGCGAGCACCAGGUCAGUGGCACAGGGCCAUGCGAAGUAGUGUGCCAUUGAAAUCACGAGACGGCACUCAAAAAUUCUCUGCUAAGCAGGACAUACUCAAGCGUUGGGCAGAGCACUUUAAUGAUUUACUCAAUGUUGAUCGCGGAGCAGAUCUCGACCACAUUAGAUCUAUUCCCCAUCUGCCGGUAGAUAUCAGCCUUGAGGAACCGCUGUCACUGGACGAAGUAAAAAAAUCCAUCAAAGAACAAAAGAAAAAGAAGGCAGUCGGCAAUGAUAACAUUGCUGGGGAACUGCUUAAGUACGGAGGAGAGCAGCUACAUCAUAUAAUCUGGCAAUUAUUUCAGCGCUUUUGGGACGAAGAAAAAGUACCACCUGAGUUCAAAAUGUCUCGCAUACAGACACUCUAUAAGAACAAAGGGGACCGUUCUGAAUGCAAUUCCUAUAGGGGUAUAUCGCUGCUCUCUGUUCCUGGGAAGAUAUUCGCCAGAGUACUUCUCAACCGACUGUUACCCAUUUCGGAGAAGUUGUUGCCAGAGACCCAGUUCGGGUUUCGUCCAGACAGGGGUACUUGCGAGGCUAUAUUUUCCAUCCGCCAACUACAGGAAAAAAGUCGCGAACAAGGUCAGUCACUUUAUUUGUGCUUCGUUGACUUGGAAAAAGCCUUUGACUGUGUGCCGCGAGAAGCCUUAUGGACCGUACUGACAAAACUAGGAUGUUCAGAUAAAUUUGUCCGUUUGAUUCGACUGUUGCACGAUGACAUGACCUGUUGUGUAACAUAUAACGGAGAUGAGUCAGAGUCAUUUACAGUGACUUGCGGAGUCAAACAAGGGUGUGUGUUAGCCCCGACAUUGUUUGCGCUCUAUUUUGCAAUGGCAGUCGGUGAAGUUUUAGAGCAAAAUUCUUCUGGCAUCAAGAUACGUUUCCGAACAGAUGGUGGAAUAUUCAAUCUUGCUAGACUUAAAGCUCGCACUAGGGUCUCCCAUGCGGUUAUUACGGAGAUUAUGUACGCAGACGAUCUGUGUUUUGUUGCCAACUCUCCUGAAGAACUUCAGCUCUUAAUUACGAACCUCCAUGAAGUCUGUUGUCGUUAUGGUCUCAACAUUAGUAUUUCAAAAACCGAAGUUAUGGCAAUGGACUUCACUGGCGAUGCAGAGCCGCUAAAAAUUAGCAUUGACAACUGCGUGCUGAAACAGGUGGAGAAGUUCAAGUACUUAGGCAGCACUAUUACAUCCAAGUGCGACAUAGAAGGCGAAAUAAACCACCGCAUCAGUUCUGCGGCGGUUGCGUUCGGAAAACUUCGGUCUAAGGUGCUGCGUUCACAUGAUCUGAAGCUCUCUACUAAAAUUUCAGUAUAUAUGGCUGUAGUACUCCCAAACCUUCUGUACUCUUCGGAGACCUGGGUUUUGUACCGAAAGCAUAUCCGUACGCUAGACAGGUUUCACCUCAAAUGCUUGCGAGACAUUUUGAAUAUCAAAUGGUCAGAUCGUGUAAGAAACACUCAGGUACUUCGACGGGCGAAUGUCUGCGGCAUUGAGGCGUACCUGAUGCGUCGGCAGCUUCGUUGGUGCGGUCACGUCUGGCGUAUGGCGGACGAGAGGGUCGCGAAACGAAUUUUCUUUUCUGAACUCCAGGACGGCAAGCGGAAACAAGGCGGCCAGUUCUUACGUUAUAAGGAUGUUCAGAAAAGACAUAUGAAGCGUUGCGACAUCGACCCUCUAAAGUGGGAAAAAACUGCUAGCCACCGUCUGGAGUGGAGGCGCCUGGUGCGGAAAAAAGUUAACGACUUCGAAGAGCAGCGGAAAUCUGAUCUUGACUCGAAGCGCGAUGCUCUUAAAGCCAGACCAGCAGCGGCUAUCACCUACAACUACAUCAACGGUGUCCUAACGUGUCGACAUUGUUCGCGCACGUUUACCAACAAGAUUGGCUACUGUAGCCAUGUGAGGGCACAUGAUAGGGCAGCCCAGCGUAGCCCUCUUAUUGCGGACUAAAGGAAUUUUGUCGCAGUUACCGUAGCCGAAAGCGGCUUGGGAGUA